AUGUUUUCAGGCAUAGACAACUGGCAGGCUGCUGCUUUUGCCCCGGCAUCGAUGCCCUUGAUUCCAAUUUGCUUUCUUCUUAUUUACCUAUUGUCGUAUUCCGUAUACCAACUCGCCUUCAACCACCUGCGCAAGUUCCCAGGUCCCAAGCUAUGGGCGAUUUCGUACAUUCCCUACGUUCGCCACUACAUGUCCGGGAAUGGCCAUCGUAAGAUAUUGAAGCUUCACCAAAAAUACGGCCCGAUUGUCCGCGUUGGUCCGACGCAUAUCUCCAUCAACCACCCAGACGGCAUGCAGGAUGUCCGCGGCCACCGGAAGACGGGUGAGAACCCCAAGGACCUCAUCAAUGCGAUGACGAACCGAGACAACCUCAUCGGCGCCAACCGCGAGGACCAUCAGCGUUUCCGUCGCCUACUAGCACAUGGGUUCUCUGCGCAGUCUAUGAUGGCACAGGAACCUGUCAUCAAGCAAUAUGUGGAUCAGCUGUUCCUGAAGUUGCAUGAAGUUUCUGAGGGCGGCACGAAGCCUGUGGACGUUGAAAGGUGGUUCAAUUUUACGACGUUCGAUAUCAUUGGCGACCUGGCAUUCGGCGAGCCUUUCGGAUGCCUAGAGAAUAGUACCUAUCACCCUUGGGUUGACAUCCUUUUCAUGAGCAUUAAGAACAUGGCAUUCUUGAAUGCAACUAGACGGCUUUCAUGGAUCGGGCCACUGCUCAUGAUGACUGUUCCUCGCAGCUUGGCCACCAAGUUGGCUGAGAACAAGGAAUUAUCUCGGCAUAAAGUGCGGAAGAGGUUGGACCUCAGCACCAGCCGUCCAGACUUCAUGGGCGCUAUGAUCAGGAAAUCCGAAUCUGCUGGUUUGACGAUCUCCUUUGAAGAGCUUACAUCCAACGCUUUGAUGCUUGUGAUCGGGGGCUCGGAAACAACAGCCACGUUGCUGUCUGCGGCGACGUUUUUCCUAGUCACUAACCCAACAACCUUGGCGAAGCUCAACGACGAGAUUCGGUCAACCUUUCAGAGUGAAGAUCAGAUCGACAUGCUCAGUGUCCAGAACCUCAAAUACUUAUCCGCCGUCUUGGACGAAAGCAUGCGAUGUUACCCUCCCGUGCCCGGGCCGAGCCCACGAAUGAUUGGAGAGGGAGGUGAUAAAAUCCUUGGCGAAUUCAUACCAGAAGGGACCACCGUGGAUUCGUGGCAUUGGGCUAUAUAUCACAACCCUGACCAUUUCGCGAUGGCUGAGGAGUUCCACCCCGAACGUUGGCUGGAUGACCCGAGAUUCGCUGGAGAUGCCAAAAGAGCACUUCAGCCCUUCUCCCUUGGGCCCCGGAACUGCAUUGGGAAGAAUUUGGCCAACGCAGAAAUGCGCAUGAUGCUGGCCAGGUUAAUCUGGAACUUUGACAUCCGCGCCGGGAAUAAGUUGGAGGAGUGGGGAUCCCAACAAGACGCCGCCAUGUCCAGCUUACAGAAGCAGUAUGCCCAGUACCCCAGCCUGGUCGACAGGGUCGUGGUCAUAUCCGGGGGAGCCACCGGGAUCGGCGGGAGCAUGACCGAGGCUUUUGCACUUCAGGGAAGCCGGGUAAUCAUCCUCGACAUACAGGACGAGCCCGCGAGGCAACUCGUAGACGACCUUGUGUCAAAAGGGGUCAAGAACCCGCCAGAGUUUCACCACUGCGAUGUGACGGAUAUUACUGGAGCCGUCAGACCCACCGCGGCCAACAUCCUCGCGAAAUACCCAGCGGUCCACGGCGUCGUGAACAACGCAGCCCACGACAAGCGCGUGAGCACCAUGGACAUCACGCCCGAGGACUGGGAUCAAGGGCUCAACGUCAACCUGCGGCACACUUUCUUCCUCACGCAGGCCCUCAUGCCGGGCCUCGUCGCGGCUGGCGCCUCGUCCGUCGUCAACAUGGGCAGCAUCAUCUGGGCCAUCCCGGAGACGGGGGUCGUCCCCUACGUCGCGAGCAAGUCGGCCAUCGUCGGGCUCACCAGGACGCUUGCGCACGAGUUUGGGCCGAAGGGCGUCAGGGUGAACAGCAUCAUGCCAGGGGCAGUUGCUACCGAGAGGCAGAAGCAGGAUAUCCUCACGCCAGAGUACGAGUCGAAGGUGUUGGGGCGACAGGCAUUGAAGAGGCUCCUGCAGCCGGAUGAUGUCUCACGGCUGGCGUUGUGGUUGAUUGCGGAUGACAGCUCGGGGGUUACAAACCAGAGCAUUGUGGUUGACGGCGGGUGGAUCUGA